CCUCCCUCCCCCUCAGCAGCAGCAUCCUAGAAGGUGAUCAGUUGGUACUUUCAGCCUCAGCAUCAGCAUCCUCCUCCUCCUCCAUCCUCCCAGAAGAGGAAAACCCGACAGCCGGUGUUUGUGUGAGGUGUGUGUGUGGUUGUUGUGGGGUUUUUUUAAUUAUCCGCGACCAUGGUGGACAUUACGGACGUCGUGUGCCUUCUCGUCCCGCUGGCGCUGCUCGCCGGGUCCAGCGUCCAGACGGACGUGAGGAGCGUGAAGGAGGCGGACAAGACGGGGAAUUUCAUGGAGGACGAGCAGUGGCUGUCCACCAUUUCACAGUACAGCCGCAAGCUCAAGCACUGGAACCGCUUCAGAGACGAGGUAGAGGAUGAUGACGUCCGUACUUGGGAUGAAAAUCAGGGCUCAAAUGACAAUGUAGACACCACCAAGGACCCGUGUCAAAAGGUUAAGUGCAGCCGGCACAAGGUGUGCAUUGCCCAAGGCUACCAAAGAGCUGUGUGCGUCAACCGCAAGAAACUCGAGCACAGACUGAAGCAGCCCGCCCUCAGGUCUCCUGAUGGAAACUGUCAGCCCUGUCCCAUCUCCUCCGCUGGGCCUGUGUGCGGAUCAGACGGACACAACUACGCCUCAAAGUGUAAGCUGGAGCAGCAGGCAUGUCUUACAGGGAAGGAGCUCGCCCUGAAGUGUUUGGGUCUGUGUCCUUGUCCAACCGCUGCCCCCACGCCCAACGAAAGUAAACAUGAGAGCUGCACCGGUCAGGAUCUGGCUGAUCUCGGGGAGCGUCUCAGGGACUGGUUCCAGCUGCUGCAGAGCAACGCCAAGCAGAACAACAGCAGCAAGCCCGGGGCCAGAGCCACCGCAGUCAGCACCACAUCAGUGCUGGACAGGAGCCUGGGCGCCAGCUGCAAGGACUCCAUAGGCUGGAUGUUUUCCAAGCUGGACACCAACAACGACUUGUACCUGGACCAGGCCGAGCUGGCGGCCAUCAACCUGGACAAGUACGAGGUCUGCAUCCGCCCCUUCUUCAACUCCUGCGACUCCUACAGGGACGGCAAGGUCUCCACCGCCGAGUGGUGCCUCUGCUUCUGGAGGGAGAAGCCGCCCUGCCUGUCUGAACUGGAGAGGAUCCAAGUGCUCGACGGCGGCAAGAGAAAGUUUGGCCGAUUCAUCCCUAGCUGCGACGAAGACGGCUACUACAGGAAGCAGCAGUGUGACAGGGGAGAGUGCUGGUGUGUUGGCCAGAACGGAGGAGAAGUCGCCGGAUCUAGGAUUCGUGGGAAGCCAGACUGCGAUAAUGAAAUGGCGUAUUCAGGUGACUUUGGCAGCGGCGUCGGAUGGGAGGAUGAGGAGGAGAAAGGAGCGGAGGAGACUGCAGAGGAGGCUGAAGAGGAAGAAGGGGAGGUGGGAGAGGUGGAUGAUGGGGGAUAUAUCUGGUAAAGGGCCAACCAGGCGUCUUGAUUGUUCCAAACACACAGACACACACACUCGCACGGAGAUCCUGCAAAGAGAUGGACAUGGUGAAGGUCUCGCACUCAGAACAACACUGGCUUAUGAGGGUCGCGUGGGUCGGGAGAGGGAAUAUGCAUAUGUUAUGGGAGGUAAUGGGUGUAUUUAAUGUUGCAGGAUGUUCUUUAACUGGGCAGGGGAAGGGGGAAAUAUUGCUAUUUAGAAAUGUUGGGGUCUGGAGUCAAGAAUUUUGUCCCUCAUACUUGUGAAUCUUUGUUUUCUUCUGUUGUUUGUCCUUUUAACUAUCUUUGAGCAGUUUUUAGCUGAUGCAUUACGGAGACUCUAAGCAGCUGCAGGUGCUUGUCAUGUGGUUGCAUAAAAAAUUUGAUAAAGAUCAGGUGCAUUUCAGUAUUCUAAAGUGGCCUCUUUUUGCAAAUUAACACAAUCUACACAACCAGUUUUUGGUUUUAGGCAGGAAAGCAGUGAAAAGGAGAAAAAGAGGCAACAUUAGAAAACAGAAAAGCACCUUUUUGACUUUACUGUUUACACGUCAUACGCUUUGGCUCAUGUGACAGUAGUGCUCUGUCUCAUCCAUGACUUAUUAAGGAGAAGUUUCUCACGCAUCACUCUUUAGCUUGUAUAUAAUGUGUGUAUCAGAAGACAGAUUGUCACCUAUUAGUCCCGUUAUCAACGCCUUGAAAGACGAGCAGAACGUACUGCUCAGUUGACAAGUGUACAUCGUAUCAUAAUGUGGAACAAUUAUUGUGUUUAAUAAAAAAAAUCAAAUUAAAUAAACUGGUCUUUGUGGUCCAGCAGGCCACCAUA